GGUUGGAAAAUGUGGUUGGCUGCUACCACUCACAUCCUGGUUAUGGAUGAUGGCUGUCAGGCAUUGAUGUUUCAACUCAGAUGCUUAAUCAGCAGUUUCAAGAACCAUUCUUGGCUGUUGUGAUAGACCCUACAAGGACUGUUUUUGCUGGUAAAGUGGACAUUGGAUGUUUUAGGACAUAUCCAAAAGAUUACAAGCCACCGGAUGAGCCUGUCUGUGAGUACCAGACCAUACCACUCAACAAGAUAGAAGAUUUUGGUGUUCACUGCAAACAGUACUAUUCUUUGGAUAUAACCUAUUUCAUGUCAUCCCUGGACUCUCACCUCCUUGAUCUACUUUGGAACAAGUACUGGGUCAACACAUUGUCUUCGUCACCACUUCUGGGUAACAGGGAUUAUGUUGCUGGACAAAUCUUUGAUUUAGGUAAGCAUUCCCCUUGUAGAAAUAUUUCUGGGAACUUGUUUUCUGGUUAUGUCUAGUUUGGCCUUGCAAUAAAUAGAGAGAGUGAUAACUACUUUCGUGCUACACGACUGAUAAACUAGAGCAAGCUGAAGGGCAACUGGCACGCGGUCGAUUUGGCAUGCUUAUGCCAUCACAGCGAAAGAAACAGGUCAGUUCCUGUGUUCAUGCCCUUUAAACUUGGUUAUCCUCAGUGUACACCACUAUCCUCUUUGCUCGUCUGAAGUUUCACAAAGCCGGUACUAUUUUGGGGGCUGCAUAAUCGUUUCAGUUUCUGCAUCUUUCAUGUGCCAUAUCAAUAUCUGCUUGUCUGUUUAGCACACCCUCUGUUCCUAAAACUGGUAAAACGUCUCUCAUUUAGGAACAGAUGUAUUAUCAUGUUGUUUGUUUUGUUAAUUUUUUAUCACUUCCCAUAGUAAAUGGAUGGUCCUGUAUGUCUGAUUGUCAAACUAUUGAUAUAAUGAUGGAGUUCCAUUAGGACAAUUAUCACUCCCUAUUAUAUGAUGUUUUGCAUAUUUCAAUAUGGGCUACAUACGGGUUGAAAUGAGUGAACAAACACACUUAAACGUGUCUACAUACAUUUAUUUUAGAAAAAAGUUGGAACAUCUUGUAAUAGUGAACGGAGGGAGUAACUAACCU